AUGAGAUUCAUAGCAAAAUGCAGAGGCAGAAGAAUUCAAGAGCCGAUGUUGACAGCAGAAGAGAUCAAUUCAGCAGAUACAUAUUGGAUGAAAAGGUCUCAGGCAUCUGAAGAACUCAAGUCUGACAUUGCUCUGGAAAUUGAUGAAAGUGGGGUGUGGAGAUGCAAUGGAAGAAUUCCAGGAUACAAUCCGAUAUUCUUGCCAAAAAAUAACAGAUUGGUAGCCUCACUUAUACAGCAAAGCCACGAGAAGACGCUUCAUGGGGGAGUUUCAAUGACGUUGAGUGACAUGAGGAAAAGAUACUGGGUUCCUAAACUCCGAUCACAAGUGAAGAAGAUUGUACAUCAAUGCAACCGCUGCAAGAGACACAGAGUUAAGCCCUUGCCAAGUCCAGGAAAAUCCAUGUUGCCAGAGUUUAGAGCCCAACUCAGUCAGCCUUUUGCAUUCACGGGAGUGGACUUCGCUGGACCGAUCAUAUACAAGAUCAAGAAGUCAACAUUUGGGAAGUCAUAUGUAGCCUUGUUCACGUGUGCAAGUACAAGAGCCGUGCAUCUGAAGCUUUGUAAAGAUAUGUCCGCACUAGAAUUCAAGAGAACGAUGAAAGAGUUUGUUGCUAGAAGAGGACUUCCACAAGUAAUGGUGAGUGACAAUGGAAGAACAUUCGUUGCAACAAAUAAAUGGUUGAAGACAUUGGUGAAAAAUGAAGAUCUGAUGAAUUUUUUGGCAGUUCGAAGGAUCAAGUGGAAGUUCAACCUUUCUCGUGCAGCCUGGUGGGGAGGUUUUUUCGAACGACUGGUAGGAAUUAUGAAAAGAAGCCUCUCGAAAACAAUUGGCAGGAAACUCCUCACCUUUCCCGAGCUGGAAGAAGUCCUACUUGAUGUCGAGUGCACAAUGAACAACCGACCAUUAUGUUAUCAGGGAGAAGAGUUUGAGCAUCAAGUUAUCACACCGAAUAUUCUACUGAGAGGAAAACCUGAAGUGCUCUUGGAAGAAGACUUAGACAAACUGGCCCAAGGAACCCAGUUGACAAAACGAAUCAUAUUUACAAGGAAAAGCAAAGAGCAACUACGAAAGAGAUGGAUCAGUGAGUAUCUCUAUGCCCUAGAAGAGAGAAAACGGCGAUUCGGAGGAGGCGCAGAUAUUAUUCCCAAAACAGGAGCAGUCGUUUUGUUGAAAGAAGACACCAAGAACAAGUCGCUGUGGAAACUUGGAAGAGUGAUUGGAAGUAUCCAUGGCAGAGACGCAGUAGUUCGUGGACUGAAGUUGAAACUCGGGAAUGGAAAUAUCGUGGAACGACCUCUUCAACUCGUUUGUGACAUGGAGAUAGGUGGAGAAGAUGACGCAGCAGAAUUGAACCCCAAGGCAAAGGAGUUUAUUCCUGAAGGAAGACCAACGAGGAAGACGAAGACAGAAGCAUUGAACCAAAUCAAGGGAGUCGGAUGUAUGAAGACGAAGAAGACUGAACAAUCAAACCUUAGUAUAUUUUAG